AUGCCUGCUGAACGGAACAACCACGCCAGAACCAACAAUGCGGAUCCCACUACUCCGCGUCGUCCUUUGGCUCCUGCUGGGGACUCUAAUACUCCAACGACUGAAAUCCAAAGGGCGUCAACUCCUUAUCCAUCCCACCUCCAAGUUCUAGAAGGGCGCUUCAACGCUGGGAUAAUAGAAGCACCAACUCCUAUUCGACCUACCUCUAGUCUACCUUAUCAUUCUGAUUCUGGAGACUCUUCAAUGGAGUUCCUUAACGAAGGAGGCUUUUGCUAUCCGUUCACGCCCAUCCCAAAUGUGACUCAUCGUCCUUUCCUUAUACCCGGUUCCUCGAAUUCCUCCCACGUUGAUAACGUAGUCCUACAUCAAUUCCCUGGACCUCUGGAAAUUUCCCACAACACCUCGGACACGACUCCUGGAUCCUACCACAUCGCACCCCUACAGAUCACCCCCUCCCAAUUACUAGUAGGCAACUCGUCCUCUCCAAACCCUGACAGCCCCAUUGCUGCAUCCACCGAUUCCCCCGGCAUGCCACCCCUUGCCUCUGACAUCUCGACCUCUGGAAGUCUCAACUAUCCUCCCUCUCCCAACCUACACCUUUUGGCGGAAGUCAGUGAAUAUGUCACCGCAUCCAAAGGACACAGCGACAAUCCGCAGGAGUUUCUGCUCUGGCGAUCUAUUCCCUUUGACACCUCCACCCCAGUCCAAGAUAUCAAUCCCUUGGAACGCAUAAUGCCUUACUUCCCCGGAGCUUAUGCGCAAUCCCUCAGUCGACCUCCCAUGGGCGUCCCUAUUCCCCUCAACCCAGCAUUCGGAUUACGACGAAUCUCAGUAACUACUGCGGACGCAUUACGCAUCGCUGAACCUGUGGGGGACUUGACGAAUAUGGACUGGGAAGAGGAUACCUGGGAAUACUUGCUGACGCGGGAGGACAGUCUGUUGGAGAGCCUUUGGGCAUCCUUGCAAGACAUCAGGGACCCAGGAGUUACUGACGAAAUCGACCACUUUUGA